AUGCGAUACCGGUACCGGUCACCGGUGGAGAAUGUUCGUUUGAUCGAUAGAUUUAACGUACGACAACAAACAAUAGGAACCAUUUAUCUAACAUCUACUCAUUUAAUUUUUAUUGAUCCAGAAGGAAAACGUGAAACUUGGAUUCUUCAUUCAUUAAUAUCAUCUGUUGAAAAGUUGCCAUCAAAUCCACAAGGCUACCCUUUAAAAAUUCGUACAAAACAUUUUUUAUCAGCAGAGUUUACCGUACCAAAGGAACGUGAUGGUCAAGAUUUAUAUUUUACACUAUUACAAUUGAGACCUGAUUCAUACGAAAAACUCUAUUGUUUCCACUAUCAAGCACCGUCUUGUCUUGAAAAAAUUUGGGAUCCAUUUUUAUUAUCAACAGAAUAUAUGAGAAUGGGUUGUCCAAAUCGUGAAUGGAAAAUCGAAGAUAUUAAUUCAAAUUUUGAUAUUUGUGAUACUUAUCCUCCAAUCAUAUACGUUCCCGUAAUAGCAUCUAAAUCAAUGCUAAUUGGAAGCUCAAAAUUUCGAAGUCGAGGGCGUUUGCCUGUACUCUCAUAUCUACAUCCUAAUGGUGCUUCUAUUACUCGAUGUAGUCAAUCUUUAGCUGGAUUUAGUGCACGAUGUCAGGAAGAUGAACAAUUACUUCAGUGUAUAUUAAAAACAAAUACACAUAAAAACUCAAUGUGUGUUGUGGAUACAAGGCCAAGGAUAAAUGCAGUUAUUAAUCGAGCUACAGGUAAAGGUUAUGAGAACGAAGGUUAUUAUUCGAAUAUUCAAUUCAAAUUUUGUGCUAUCGAGAAUAUUCAUACAAUGAAGAAUAGUUUACAAAAAUUAAUUGAAGUAUGUGAACUUAAAAAUCCAACAAUGAAUCAAUAUCUAAAUGGAUUAGAAAAAACGGAUUGGUUAAAACAUAUUCAGACAAUAUUAGAUACAUCUGUCUUUAUUGCACGAGCUAUUGAAAUCGAAAAUAAAAAUGUUCUUGUUCACUGUAGUGAUGGAUGGGAUAGAACAGCACAAACAUGUUCUAUAGCAUCUUUACUAUUAUGUCCAUAUUAUCGUUCAAUCUACGGUUUUCGAACAUUAAUUGAAAAAGAAUGGUUAUCCUUUGGACAUAAAUUUUCUGAUCGAUGUGGUCAUAUGGCUAACGGGGAUAUUAAAGAACAAUCGCCCAUCUUUUUACAGUUUAUCGAAUGUGUUUGGCAAUUAACACAAAUGUAUCCAACAACAUUUGAAUUUAAUGAACGAUAUCUCAUAUCAUUACAUGAUCAUGCCUCCUCAUGUCAAUAUGGAACAUUUAUUGGAAAUUGUGAAAAAGAUCGACUUGAUCUAAACGUUAAAGAUCGUACAUAUUCAUUCUGGAAUUAUAUUCUACAAAAUAUCGGUGAUUUCAAGAAUCCUCUAUUUCGUGCACAAUCUAUCUAUACUGGUGAAGUACUAUUGCCAAAUAUUACAGCACAAUCUUUGAGAUUCUGGUUAGCAAUGUAUCAUCGAUUUGAUAGUGCAUUAUUAUCAAAAGAAAAUCUAACAGAUACCUUAACCAGAAUUAUUGAUCAUACAACGGCACUUAAUGAUCAUGCACGAUUACUUGAAAAACGUAUACAUGAGAUGCGUGAUAUGAUGAUCGUUCAAAACAAUGUUGAAGAUGAUGAUGAUGAUGAGCAAGAACAACGAAAAGUAUCAUUUAUUGAAAUCGAUAGUGGUUUAAGUGAAACAGAGCAGAUUUUAAAUACGAAUGAGGAACGAACAAUACACUCAACUAAUUCUGAUUCAAUAACAUCAAAAUUAAGUUCAAUAUUACGUCCAAGUGAUUCUGAAAGUGGUUUCGGAGGUGAUUCCCCAAAUAAUUUACAACAUAGUACAAAAUCAUUAUACAAUAACUCUACUGAAAACGGGUCAUUAUUACUCGAAAGACUCGCACUUGAACUAAAUUCCGUCGCAUUAGAUUGGAAAUCAUUAAAAUCACCAUUACGCUGUUCAUGUUCACUAGCGUUUGAUUCGACACAACGAAAGUACAAUUGUUGGCGUUGUGGCGAAAUUUAUUGUCCACGUUGCAUUCAAUUAAAUCAUCCACUACCCGGUCUUUAUAGUAAUCGACAUGCGCCUGUAUGUAAAACUUGUGCAAAAUCGAUGAAAUCAUCACCAUCGUUUGUCGAUUUUACAACAUUAAUUAAAUCAAAAUCUAAAGAAGUUUUACGCAUGAAACCUUCGAUAUCGAUUGAUAACAAAACAAUAAUAAAUAAUCAUAGUUUAUGUUCGAAUGGUACAUUAACUGAUACGGAGAUUGAUUCACCAUCAACUCUUAAAAAGUAA